AUGUAUCGGGCUACGGUGCGGACUGCCUCGCGACAGGCCUUGAGGAGCCUUCGCUCCCAGUCAUUUCAGAGUGCUUCCCGUCGAUUUGCAUCAACAUCGACCCCUGCGUACAAGCCGCGGACGUGGAAGGGCUCUGCCGUGAGAUGGGGUCUUGCGCUCGGCGCUGUGUAUUAUUACAACACCAGUGCCGUCUUUGCCGAUGAAGCUACCGUCCAAUCAAUAGCUGCCCCCUCUGCCUUUACCGAGUCAGACAUACCAACUGUCGAUUCCGUCAUUGAACAGAAGCGCAAGCAACUCAAGCCCACACCUGAGGAGCAGGCAAAGCCAAUUGAAAAGGAGGAUUCAACUCCGGAGACGCAGCCCAAGACCGAAUCACAAAACAGCGUUGUUGCCACCGGAUCGCCCGAAGCUCUCGAGGAAGAGGCUGGCCAAGAAGGCGCAUUCAACCCUGAAACAGGUGAAAUCAACUGGGACUGCCCAUGCCUCGGAGGAAUGGCACACGGCCCCUGUGGUGAGGAAUUCAAGACGGCUUUCAGCUGCUUCGUCUACUCAACCGAAGAGCCCAAGGGCAUGGACUGUAUCGAGAAAUUCCAGGGAAUGCAGGAAUGCUUCAAGAAGUACCCUGAUAUCUACGGUGCCGAGCUGUCCGACGAUGGCGAAGAGGCUGCCGAUGACCUACAUCAAUCCCCGCGCGACGAGCCACAAGAGAGUCCUGCAAUUGCCAUUGAGGACAACAGACCCGAGACAGACAAUCUACCUGGCGUCAAACCAUUAGAGAAUAACGGUGUCCCCAAGAAAUGGGAAGACGCCACCGACGCAGACAAGGAUGCCAAACUUGAGCAGCCCGGCGUGUUGGCUGAAGAGGAGAAGAAGGAGAAGAAGAAUGAAGAAAAGAAAGAUUAA